UCGUGUAGAGUUCUCUGAGGCUUCUGUACUUGUGGUGGGAUUUUAGUUAAUACAGUGAAAUCAAAAAUGCCUUCUGAGGCAGCUGAUUCUAAGAGGGAGGAGUUUAGGAAAUAUCUAGAGAAAGCAGGUGUUUUGGAUGCUUUAACGAAAGUGUUAGUAGGCCUGUAUGAAGAACCAGAAAAGCCAAACAAUGCUCUAGACUUCCUGAAACAGCACCUAGGUGCCUCUGGACCAGAGACAGCGGAUGUUGAGGCUCUGAAACAGGAAGUGACAGAGUUGAGGCAAAAAGUGGAACAGUUGUCGGAGGAAAAUACAGAUCUAAAGGCCAAGGUUGGCAACCUACAACAGUAUGAACCUCCGACAGAUGAACAAGCCCCGGAUAGUUAGAUAUUUCUCCCAUGCUGCCCAUCCAUCUACUGUCAUGUCUUCACUACAUUGUACAUUUAGGACAAGUGCUGUAUAGAACGUCGCAUCUCACUGAUUAGGACAGAGAUCAUUCAUGUGUGUCUGGUGAUGGCGUUACAGAACAUGGAGCAAGGUGUUUUGUCAGAUCAGCUUGCAAGAAAAUUGUCAGAUGGAGUUCUGUUUUACAAUGAAAACUUGGGGAAUGAAUUAUAGCUAAAAAUAUGCACUAGUAUUUUUAUGUAGGGCCUCCAUUGUCAGACAUGCCUUUGUCCAUUGUAGUUAGUGUAUAUGUAAAACUAUGGAUCCAAAAAUGUCUUUCCCUGGUCAAUGUGAAUUUUGCUUUGCAUCAACCAGCAUUUUUUUUUUUUUUUUUUUUUGUGAAAUACCCAAGUUUUACUUCAGACACAAAACAUGUUUCUUCUCACUGUUGCUUUGAAAAUAUACCUUGCAAGUCACAAACCUAAGGAAGACAAUAAGACAAUAAUUCAUGACAGUGAUAUGAGAAAGUUAUUUUGUUCUCAGUUUUUACUACUUAAGAGUAUUGAUACUUAAAAUGUGAUAGCAUAUAGUCAUUCUGGCAACAAAUCUUGUGCUUGUCAGUUUUAUGAAGGACAAAUUAUUUGUAGGAAGAUUACAAAUGUGAAAGUUUUUUUUUCAACAACUGACAAGUAUAAAACAAGUGAAUUUCUGGUCACAAUGACUGGCGUCCUCCAUAUACAAACAGUAACUUCUUAGAAAUAUACUCGGUUACACUGUACUGUUAGAAUAAAAGAGUUAUUUCCCUUGUCUGUUGGUAAGGCAGGUUAACAAUUUCUGAUCUCUCAAAAGACCACAACGUGCACAUUCCAGUAAUUGGCAGGUCGAUACUGAAGUUACACCUACAUGUUAUUUCCAUUCACAGUUGUCAAACACAAAAAAAGGAGAAAUAAAAAUAGUUCAAAAUCUAAAUGUACAUGUAUAUUAUAUGUACAAAUGUAUAUUAUUUUAUGUAAGGUUAAAACAUGAUUGUAAUUUAAUUUUUUGUCUUCUUAGGAAGUUU